CCCAAUUAACCAAGGCAAGUGAAAAGCAAAGGAAAGAUGAAGGAUUUUUUAUCAUUUGCUUAAACUUAGAAGCAAACCCUUUUGAGGUUAUUCCUCUAUGGAUCCAAGAAUUUCAUUUUCAAAUGAUUUUGUUGAAACAAAACAGGGAUUGAAGAUUGAGAAUAUUUACAGAGAAGCACCUGUUUCUUCUGAUUUUGAGUUUAGUGUGAAGAACAGAUGUAUGAUAUCAGCAGAUGAGAUUUUCUUUCAAGGGAAGUUGCUGCCAUUGAAGGACAGUUCAAGGAAUAAUAAUCUGUUGGUUAAGACAACUUUAAGAGAUGAAUUGCAAGUGAAUGAAGAAGAUGAUGAAGAAGAUGAAGUUUCAUUUCCAAAGUUCACAAAAGUUUCUUCUGCUAGCUGUUGGAAGGAGAAAUUUGGGUUCAGGAGAUCUCAUUUUGUUCCAAAGAAACAGAGUAGAAAUGAAGGGGUUUUGAAAACUGUUGAAGAAGAAGAGAAAACUUCUGUUUUUCUUCAUGAAGACCUCAUAAAUAUUGCAAGAAAAAAUGGGAAUUGUUACUUGAAGAAAGCUAACUCACAGAGAUGAAAGGAAUUAGAGAGAUUAUGGGUAAUAACCAAUGUAAAGCAGAAGGAUAUCACAAGAUUAUCUUCAGAUAAUUACAAGCUUGUUUGAGGGUUUUUGGCUUAAAAAGAGAGAAGCUUUUUCAUCUCUUUUGUUUAGUUACAAGAAAAAAUCAACCAAAAACCCUUUGUGAGAUCAGG